AAUGCAGGUUCAUGUCCGAGCUUUCAUUUAAAUCAGCAAUGACUGAGAGGACAGAGCAUUACCGGAGCCAACCAGAUUUCAACUGGAUCUGCCAGUGAAUCUGACGUGCGUGUUGUCUUUUUCCAAAUGGCCAAUAGUUCAUCAUGGAAGGCAGCUCAAAUGGGAUGGAAUAUUCAGACAGAAAUGAGAAAGCCUCUUCAACCACAUGCUGCUCUCCAAGGCUGAAGAUCUUUAUCUGCGCACUCGCCUUCUGUUACUUCUCUAAAUCCAUGACGGCGUCUUACACCAAAAGCACCAUCACUCAGAUUGAGAAGCGGUUUGAGAUCACGAGCUCCACCGUUGGUUUCAUUGAUGGCAGCUUUGAAAUGGGUAAUAUGUUGGUCAUUACACUGGUAAGCUAUGUUGGCGCUAAGUUUCACAGGCCCAAGAUCAUUGGAGCAGGGGUUCUGCUGAUGGGUAUAGGAACACUGCUAAUGGCGUCACCUCAUUUCCUUAUGGGCCGGUACAAGUAUGGUACAGCUGCCACCCACACUAAUGAUGCUGGUAAUUUCACUGUGAUCUCUACAUGCUCAUCCGACUCUCAGGAAACUCUUCAACAGCCUUACUCUGAGUGCCAAAUAAUUGAAGCGGAAAGCUCACUUUUGUGGGUGGUAGUGCUUUUGGGAAACGCUAUGCGUGGGAUUGGGGAAGCCAGCAUUGUCCCUCUGGGAAUGUCAUUCAUAGAUGAUUAUGCACGGCCAGAAAACUCUGCUUUUUACAUUGGUUGUCUGAACACACUCAGAGGGAUUGGGCCAAUUUUUGGUUUCAUUCUUGGAUCUCUAUGUGCUAAUCUUUAUGUGGACUUUGACUUAGUGAAUCAAGAAAGCGUGACCAUCACACCGCAGGACUCUCGCUGGGUUGGGGCUUGGUGGUUGGGUUUUGUGGUGUCUGGCUUGUUGACUCUCCUCGCUGCUUUUCCUUUCUGGUUCUUGCCAAGAGCUCUGCCUGAAAACUCCCAAACCUCCGAGCUAGACCACCCCUCAGAACAGCACAAAACCACACCCAGCCUUACAGAGAUAAUCAAAGAUUUUGCACCAACUUUUAAGCGCCUGCUCACCAAUAAGAUCUACAUUCUGUACCUGGCGUACAGUAUAGUGGCAUUCAACGACUUCGCCAUAGUUGCAACAUACACGCCAAAGUAUCUGGAACAGCAGUUUGGGCAAAGUGCAUCCAAAGCCAACUUUCUGAUAGGAGUGACAUGUAUUCCGGCAGUGGCUCUGGGUAUUUUCCUGAGUGGGUUGAUGAUGAAGAGGUUUAAAUGGGGUUUGCUGGCAUCCGCAAGAGUGAAUUUGUUCACCGGUGUCACCAUGUUGCUUUUGGCCGUACCCUUCUUCGCUCUCAGCUGUGAAAAUCUAGAUGUCGCAGGGGUUACAGUGCCCUAUCAAGGAUCUACUGAAGUUCAAGGUGUAAUAAGCGAUGUACUCCCUUCUUGCAAUGCUGACUGUGGGUGUCCAGACCUCCAGUGGGAUCCAGUGUGUGGAGAGAAUGGAGUGACCUACAUCUCCCCUUGCCAUGCGGGCUGCAAUUCCACCCAGGGUGCAGGAUGGAAUAAGACAUUCCAUGACUGCAGGUGUAUUCAGAGCUGGGGACUGAGCGUUGGCAACUCCUCUGCAGUUCUUGGACAGUGUUCACGAGAUCCCAACUGCAACCAAAUGAUCUACGUUUUUCUGGGAGUGCAGUCUUUGGUCUUGUUUGUGUACAGUCUUGGCGCUGUUCCCUUUCUCACUUUUUCUAUGAGGAUUGUGGAUCCUGAGAUGAAGGCUCUCUCUGUGGGAGUGUUACUGUUAUCUAUUAGAGUUUUGGGUGGUAUUCCUGCACCCAUUUACUUUGGUGGUCUCAUUGACACCACCUGUCUGAAAUGGGGCCAGAGGAAAUCCUGUGGAAGGGGUGCCUGCAGAAUUUACGACAAUGAGACCUUCAGGUUCCUCUUUCAGGGAAUGACCAUCGGCCUUCGAGUAUUAGCCUGUUCCGUGCUCUGGAUAGCCACCAUAGAGAUAAAGAGAAAAAGUGCAGAACAAUAAACAAACAUCCAUCCAUUCAUUUUCUUUCGGCUUACUACCUUUUAUUCACCAGGGGUCGCCACAACGGAAUGAACCUCUAACACAGGGGUCACCAAACUUGUUCCUGGAGGGCCGGUGUCCUGCAGAUUUUAGCUCCAACCCUAAUCAAACACACCUGGACAAGCUAAUCAAGGUCUCACUAGGUAUACUUGAAACAUCCAGGCAGGUGUGUUGAGGCAAGUUGGAGCUAAAUCCUGCAGGGACACCGACCCUGCAGGACCGAGAUUGAUGAUCCCUGCACUAACAUAUAUCCAAAGACAUAGAACUUCAAAAGCCUAUGCUAUAAGAUCCCGAACACCAGGAGACAAAAAAAAUGGUGGUGUUUUAUUUUUAGGUGCACUGUAUGUUUAUGGGCUUUGCUUUAUUAAAUGUUUCUGCAAUAUU